UUGGGCUUUAUAAAUAGUAGUAAAUAAAAAAAUAUCUCAGCCGAUAAUCAAGCAACGGCCGUGCGUAUACAGCAUCACUUAUAAGAGAAAAAUAUUUGCUAAUUAUGACCAGUUGAUUGGUGUUUAGCGAAGGAAUAAAAAUGAAACUUCAACUAGCCGUUGUGUUACUGUUGGCUGUCUCUUGCUUUGCGGCAAAGUCACGCUAUGACAACUACAAAUUGUAUUCGAUGCAGCUCAAGACUGACGAGCAAGCGAAGGCCGUAGUUGAACUGGAAGACCACACCGAUGCCUACGAUUUUUGGUCGGCAACCAGUUUGGUGCGUGAUACCGAUGUCAUGGUUCCGCCGCAUAAACUCGGUGAAUUCGAAGACUUUUUGACCAGAUUCAACAUUGACUAUCACAUCAAAGUUGAAAAUAUUCAAGAGCUCGUCGACCAACAAGAUCCAGAAUUGGCACCGAAAAACGCAGAAGGUCAAAAUACAAUGGAUUGGACUCGCUUCUACACAUUCGAUGAGAUUCAGGCUUGGUUAGAUGGUCGUGUCGCUGCUUCUCAACAUUUGACUAAUGUCGUUAUUGGUACAUCCCAUCAAGGCCGACCACUCCGAUGUGUUCGUUAUUCAGAAAGAUCGGGCAACCCAGUCAUCUUCAUUGAAGCUAAUAUCCAUGCUCGCGAAUGGGCCUCUUCAGCCACUGCCACUUGGGUGAUCAACGAAUUGAUCUCGUCAAAUGACGCAGAAACUAGAGCUAUGGCUAACACUAUCGAUUGGUACGUCUGUCCCGUUGCAAACCCUGAUGGUUUUGUUUUCUCGCAUACAACGACUCGUCUAUGGAGAAAGACCCGUCAAUCUUGGGGAAGCUGUAUUGGUACCGAUCCAAACCGAAACUUCGACUUCUUCUGGAUGUCUGGUGGAGCAUCAAAUAACCCAUGCUCAGACACAUAUGCCGGACCAAAUCCUUUCUCUGAACCGGAAACGGCUGCCAUUCGCAACUACUACGGUACAAUCGCAUCCCGUACCAGAAUGUUUUUGUCGUUCCACGCAUUCGGUCAAUAUCUCCUCAUGCCAUUCGGUCACACAACUGCCAAUUCCAACAACCAUGCCGCUUUGUUGUCUGUCGCCAAUGCUGGUGCCAACGCCAUUCGUGCCACAGCUGGAGCAGAUUAUUUGGUUGGAUCGACCGCAGCUGUUCUUUACACCGCCAGUGGAUCCAGUCCUGAUUGGGCGUUCGGUGUUCACAACACUCAGUUAGCUUAUACAUUUGAAUUCCGUCCAAUUCGUGGUUCAAGCAACGGUUUCUUAUUGGCACCAGCCCAAAUCAUUCCCAACAAUCGUGAAGUCAUGAACGGAAUCAAGGCUAUGGUUGCCCAGGGUAGAGCUUUGGGACAAAUUUAAAUUUUGUGACAAUUUUUGAAUAAAUCUUUUGUGCUUCAAAAA